AUGUUAAACAAAUGGAACGUGGAGAGUGGGAGGUCGUGCGGCCAUGAGAAGUCAACGGUUUUGCGACAGGCCAAAAGCAGCUUCAUCCAGCGCCCGUUGAUCCUGUCGAGCCAGUCGAAGUUUCGGACAAGGCUGAGGCGGCUGAGGCGGCCAAGCCAGAGGCAGCGGACGUUGGUGUUGCGGUUCGGUUCUGGGUUUACCGAUAAGGAUGCUUCGGGCCACCCAAAAGCCGAUGGGAUCGAGCGGGGUGAACCUCCGCAUCCGCCCAGCCAGGGCACGGCCUGGACCCAUCUCAGUUUUCAAUACUGUGAUUGCGCACUCCUGAAGAAGGGUGCAUUUGCUUGGAUGAAGGGAGGGGGGAUGGAGGAGCAGUAA